GAGAGAGAGAGAGAGAGAGAGAGAGAAAAUGUUCUUGAUAUAAGAAUGCAACGACAACCAGCCCAACUUCUUGUCUCGGAUCAAAACAGGGGGGCCUCUUUCUUGUCCGAAGAUUGUCUGUUGUAGCGUGAAGAAGAAGAAGAAGAGGAAGAAGAAAUGGAGGGUUUGAUCCCAAACAGGGGAGGAGUUUUGUGCGGAGUGUCACUCUCGGCUUGCGGUCAAGAGGAGACACAGGCCUUUUCGAGAGAUGGAAGCAGCCAUUACAGUCUCUCCACCGGCAUUUUGCCUUCCCUUGGCGCCAGAAGCAACCGAACCGUUCGGCUUCGCAGCUUCAUCGUAUCCCAACUCGAUCACCGUUACAGGAUAUGGGAGAACUUCCUGGUUCUUCUGGUUGUUUACACUGCUUGGGCGUCCCCGUUCGAGUUUGGCUUUCUCGAGAAGCCAAAGUGGCCAUUGUCCAUCACUGACAAUGUCGUCAAUGGAUUCUUUGCCAUCGAUAUCGUCCUUACCUUCUUCGUGGCUUACCUUGACAAAGCCACCUACCUACUUGUUGACAACCCGAAAAAGAUUGCUUGGAAGUACGCGAGCUCAUGGUUCGCCUUUGAUGUCAUAUCGACCAUUCCCUCCGAACUUGCUCACAGAAUCUCACCCUCGCCUCUCCGGAGCUAUGGCCUAUUCAACAUGCUCCGCCUUUGGCGUCUCCGAAGGGUCAGCGCCCUUUUUUGGAGAAUGGAGAAAGAUAGGAACUAUAACUACUUUUGGGUCCGGUGUGCAAAACUCAUCUGUGUUACUGUGUUUGCAGUCCAUUGUGCAGGAUGCUUCUAUUAUCUUCUUGCCGCUCGUAAUCAUGACCCGGCAGGAACUUGGAUGGGGAAAUCCAUUCUCCAGCAAAGCUUGUGGAUCCGGUAUGUGACUUCGCUUUACUGGUCUAUCACUACAUUAACAACUGUUGGAUAUGGUGAUCUGCACCCAGUGAAUGUGAGGGAGAUGCUUUUCGACAUAUUCUACAUGCUUUUCAACCUCGGUUUGACGGCAUACUUGAUUGGUAACAUGACGAAUUUGGUCGUUCACGGUACGAGUCGCACCAGAAAAUUUAGGGAUACAAUACACGCUGCCUCAAGUUUUGCUCAAAGGAACCAGUUGCCUCCUCGGCUACAAGAUCAGAUGCUUGCUCAUUUAUGUCUCAAGUUCAGAACAGAUUCAGAGGGACUUCAGCAACAAGAGACUCUCGAUUCCCUCCCGAAAGCCAUUCAAUCCAGUAUCUUGCAUUAUCUUUUCUACUCUAUUGUGGACAAGGCGUACUUAUUCCGCGGCAUCUCAAAUGACUUGCUUUUUCAGCUGGUCUCAGAAAUGAAAGCCGAGUAUUUUCCUCCAAAAGAAGAUGUGAUCUUGCAAAAUGAAGCACCAACAGACCUCUACAUUCUCGUCACUGGUGCUGCGGAUCUACUGGUUCUUAGGAAUGGAACUGAACAGGCUGUUGGAGAGGCACAAAGCGGUGAUCUUUGCGGUGAGAUUGGUGUACUUUGCUACAGGCCACAGCUUUUCACAUUGCGAACGAAACGAUUGAGCCAGCUGCUACGUAUAAAUCGUACCACAUUCUUCAAUAUUAUCCAGUCUAACGUUAGAGAUGGGACCAUUAUCAUGAAUAAUCUCCUUCAGCACUUGAAAGACCUCAAGGAUCCGAUCAUGGAGAGCGUUCUGAUUGAUGCAGAGAACAUGCUGGCACACGGUCGAUUGGACCUGCCUCUCAGUUUAUGCUUUGCCACAUUGAGAGAAGAUGACCUGAUUUUGAGCCAACUACUGAGACGCGGCCUAGAUCCUAACGAAUCAGAUAACAGUGGGAGGACACCUCUGCAUAUCGCAGCAUCUAAAGGAAGCGAGAAUUGCGCGCUCCUCUUUCUGGAUUAUGGUGCAGAUCCUAAUAGCCGAGAUUCAGAAGGAAAUGUGCCUCUUUGGGAGGCAAUAAAGGGCGGUAACGAACCCGUGGUCAAGUUGUUAGCAGAAAAUGGUGCUAACUUAGUUUCUGGAGAUGUGGGUCAAUUUUCAUGCACAGCAGCAGAACAGAAUAAUGUGGACUUGCUCAAGGAGAUCGUUCGUUAUGGUGGGGAUGUUACGCUUCCUAAAAGCAACGGGACCACGGCUCUUCAUGUCGCUGUUUCCGAGGACAACAUCGAAAUAGUGAAGUUCCUCUUGGAUAGAGGGGCAGACAUCGACAAACCGGACAUCCAUGGUUGGACACCCAGAGAUUUAGCAGAUCAACAGGGACAUGAAGAAAUAGGAAUUCUUUUUCAAUCUUUAAAAGAAACUAAAACGCCGCCUGCCAUUAGUAGUGAACCCAAUUUGCCUCCUCCAUCCCAAGAGGGAAAUGUGGAUGCUGCUUUUGGCCAAAGCCGUCCAAGGAGGACAAUUAACUUCCACAAUUCCUUGUUUGGCAUUAUGUCAGCUGCACAUAGCGGUGAGAGAGAUGUGCUUUUAAGCAUUAACUGUCAUAAAAAUGCCAACAAGUCUAUUGGGGCACAACCGGCCAUCCGUGUGGUUGUUAGUUGUCCUGAAGUGGGAGACAUUGAAGGGAAGCUUAUGCUACUCCCGGAGAACUUUCAGGAGCUAUUGAAGAUGGCACAUAAGAAAUUCGGGCUUACUCUGCUCAGAGUUUCAAGCAAGAAUGGAGCUGAAAUUGACAAUAUAGCGGUUAUUAGGGAUGGCGACCAUCUAGUCUGUUCAAGCAAGGAAGUGAAGGAUAAUUUUGCCGACAGCGAUGACAAGAAGGUCCAAUAAGGAAGUGCAUAGUGUUUGUCCUUCCGAAUCAGUAUCUAUGUCAGCAUCUUAGUCCAAUGGGGAGUCUGUUAUGAAUGUUUCCAUUGUUUUCUUCAUGUUCUUUCACUCUUUUUACAUGAAUCAAUGCAAGGAACUGUACAUAUACUCUUCCCUGCCUGUUAAAUGUGUGAAAUCUGAAGAAAAUUCAUGUUAUACCAAACUUCGCUUGUUCUAUUUGUUUCUAGCAGCCAAGUACAUGUUUU